AUGACGAGUCUCAACCUGGUGCUCGCGCGCCCAGUAAAUGCGCCACUAACUUACUCUACUACCCACUUACUAAACGGAAACGUAUUUCUAUGGUUUCAGAUUUUAUUCUGCACACUCAACACCCACAAAGUUGACAUGAAGAAACUUCUAGGCGGACAAAUAGGAUUAGAAGAUUUUAUAUUUGCCCAUAGAAAAGGACGACCAAAAGAAAUAGAAAUUGUGAAAACAGAAGAUGCCUUGGGAUUAACAAUAACAGACAAUGGUGCCGGAUAUGCGUUUAUAAAGAGGAUAAAGGAAGGCUCAAUCGUCUCGAGAAUACCACACAUAGAGGUCGGAGACCACAUUGAAAAGCUGGAUGGAGAGAAUAUGGUCGGGAAACGGCAUUACGAGGUCGCGAAGACUUUGAAAGACAUUCCUAAAGGCACAACGUUUAUAAUUCGACUCGUGGAGCCGCUCAAAAGCGGCUUUGGAAGUAUCGGACCCAAAACCAGCAGCGCCCGAGCCGGCAAGAAGCAAAACUACGGUUCCGGAAAGGAAACUUUAAGGUUUAAGGCGAAUGGACAAGCCACCAUAGAAGAUGAGCACGACGAAAAAUCAAAGGCUGGCAUAGAGAAAAUUAAUGGGUUGCUGGAAUCUUUCAUGGGCAUCAACGACUCAGAAUUGGCGUCACAAAUGUGGGAUCUAUCAGAAGGAAAGACCAACUCCAUGCAGUUGGCUGAAGCAAUCGACAACAGUGAUCUCCAGGAGUUUGGCUUCACCGACGAGUUCAUUAUAGAGCUGUGGGGCGUAAUCACAGAUGCCAGAGCCGGUCGUCUUAGUUAGACUCAAUUUUUUAAUUAAAACUUAUCAGAUUGUGAAUAAAGAUAUUGAAUAUUAUCUAAAAAUCUAAAUGGAAAGAUUUGAUAUUUAAGUGCUGUAAAAUACUUUUAUGUGAUAAUUAAGGUACAUUGAGUAUUAGGUAGUAUAAGGUCAAGUAAGUAAUUUAUGUUUAUACUAAGGUGGUAUUGUUAGAUACCUACCUUAUGUAGGUAGAUAUGAUCAAUACGUAUCUACUUAUCUAGCGUUCUAUGAAAAGUGAUUAUCAGUACAAUAAUGGAAACAAGCAAUGUCGUUUAAUAUGGUUGUUUUUAUGGAUUUUGUAAAAGUACAAUAAUUAAAAGUGCCUUAAAAUGUGACUGUUAGAAGAAGUAGGUAACUAGGUACAGGUACUUAGACGUACGUUACCCAUAAUAUGCAAUGUAUGUUUUACAGAGCUUCAAGUGUAUUUAAAAUUCACUGGCAUUAUCUAAAACAGUACAAAACAAACACGCAUUUUAGUUGUAAUAGUGUGUGCGUACCUACUUAGAGUGAGGUACAUAAAGUUAUCUCCACAACUAGCAAAAACAAUUAAUUAUGAUGAUACUGUUACUGACAUAAUACUGAAACUGUAAGAGGUACCUAAGUACCAGCUACUCCUCCUUAGUACGUUCACUCGCUUUUAAAGGAGUAAGGCCGGGCUUAUUAUAUUUGUCUGAUGUGUCAUACAUUUAGUUCAAUAAGUGUCGUAUUAUGAUGGCUUCGGACGUGUCGCAUACUAAAUGUAUGAAACCUUAGUAUGCAACAAAUUUCUUCUGAUGCGUUACGAGCAACAAAACACUGCAGAUGGAUAUAAUCCAGCCUAAGAAAGGACUGUCACUUGCAAAUCUCAAGUGGUUAUAAUAGUGACGCCAACUACUGAGUAGCAUAUUUUGUACUGGUCAGGUUGGCGCCACUGUAGGGUAAGUCGCCUCACAUGCCAAUGAAAAUAUUGAGCGUAAAUUACCUAUAGUCCUAAGCCCACAUGGUAACCGUCAGUAUAGCACAUAAUUAUGGUCAUAUUGGUCAUUUAAAUUAUGUAAAUAAGAUUAUUAUUAUGAUUUUCUCCUGUUCCUGAAUAACAUCUGCCUACUUAUUUUAUUAGUAGUAAAGUGCAUUUUAUGUAGCUAUUAAAUACUAAAGUCUACGGUUAGUAGCCUUUUAAUAAAAUUGAAAAAAAUAUAUUAAUUGAAAUUUGUGUAUGUAGCUU